AUGGGAAAUGGUUCGUCAUUUGAUUCUUCCAAGACCAUUUAUUUGAUUAUCAACGAUAGAACAGAAAAGAUUGUAUUCAGCCGACAUUGUAGUUCCAGAGAUAUACAUGAAUUAAUAGCAACAGCAGCUGCAAUAAGCAAACAUUCCACCAUUUGGUUAAAGGAUGGAAAUGACGCUCAUAUAUCUCUCUCGCCGACAAUGCCAGCUAAUAGCGAGACACGCGGAGAAACUGAAGCUUUCCAAUCAGUUCUUACCCAUGUGACAGAUCAACUCAACAGGGUGUUUAAAAUGGAAGAGAUAAAAACCGAACUUAAUAAUCGACUGGCAACACUUGAGAAGAGAAUUGAAAUUGAAGGUUUGAAAGUGGUUGAAAUAGAGAAAUGUAAGAAAGAUAUCUCGGAUAUAAAAGAUCAGAUGUGGACAGCACAGAAAAAAUACGAUCAUAAUAAUUCCCUGAGCGAUGAAAAAAAGAUCAGCCUUAAAAGAGAUGUUCCAACAUAUCCAAAGUAUACUCUGUCACAAGAAACUGUAGAUUAUGUGAAACAGCCCACGUUUGAUAUAUGGCAUUGGGAACCUAAUGAGAUGUUAAGCUUACUAGAACAUAUGUAUCAUGAACUUGGUUUGGUUCACGAGUUUAACAUGAAUCCCAUCACACUUAAAAGAUGGCUGUUAUGCGUGCAGGAAAAUUACAGAAAUAAUCCAUUCCACAACUUCCGUCAUUGCUUCUGUGUUACACAGAUGAUGUAUGGUAUGAUACAUCUGUGUAGAUUGUGGGAUUAUGUAUCAACUGAAGAUUUGGGUAUUCUCAUGACGGCGGCUGUGUGUCAUGACUUGGACCAUCCGGGUUACAACAAUACAUAUCAGAUAAAUGCCAGAACAGAACUUGCCAUCCGCUAUAACGAUAUAUCACCAUUAGAAAAUCAUCAUUGUGCUGUAGCCUUUCAAAUUAUUUCCAACCCAGAGUGUAAUAUAUUUGCUAAUGUGGAUAAAGAUACUUACAAAAGGAUCAGAGCAGGAAUAACCAUGCUCAUCCUUGCCACUGAUAUGGCACGUCACGCAGAAAUCAUGGAAAGUUUUAAAGAUAAAUUUAAUAAAGGAUUUAAUUUCAAAAAUAAGGAUCACUUGGAUACACUGAAAAUGGUAUUGAUAAAAUGUUGUGAUAUUUCUAACGAAGUUCGUCCAAUGUCUGUUUCGGAGCCAUGGGUUGACUGUUUAUUGGAAGAGUACUUUAAUCAGUCCGAUAGAGAGAAGAGCGAGGGUUUGCCAGUGGCACCCUUUAUGGACAGAGAAAAAGUCACGAAGCCUACUGCACAAAUAGGUUUUAUUAAAUUCGUCCUCAUCCCUAUGUUUGAAACGGCUGCUAACUUAUUUCCUCAAAUAGAAGAUGUGAUGGUGAAGCCAUUGAGAGAUGCUAAAGAUCGGUAUGAAGAAAUGAAAUCACAAGAAGAAAAAACUAAAGAGCUCCUGGGAAUUCCAAACAAUACAAAUUGA